AUGCGAGCACCCGAGUGGAUGAGCAAUGAGAUGGCACGUUUAACAUCGAAACUGGAGCGCUAUAAGCCAAUGGGCAGUGGCUACAAUCGCAUACAGUCCAUACGUCUAUCCAAGAGCGUUACACAGAUGCUCAACAAUCCUCUGCCCAAAGCCGCCACCAACAGCACAGUCAAUGCAAUACGUGAGGAGGAGAGCUCCUUUACGACCCCUCGACGGCGCGGCGUGCUAAGUCGCAGCGAGUCCCAGUGGGAGGAGGUGUAUCCAGCGGUCAAAUUUAGUCGCCAGCAGAGCAACGAGAGCGCCAACAGCCUGGACAGCAGAGACAUCAAAUUCACGCACUAUCGCAAUUGCUCAACGCGCAUCACCUGAAUCCAGUCUACUAUCCCAUCCGAGGAUUUCAUGUUAUUUACAUAUUUACAUUUUUGUUAAUGAAAAUAAAUUAAGGUA